AUGGUCAAGGUCAAGAAACGCGCUUCCAAGCGUGUCAAGAUCGCACAAAGGGAAAAGAUCAAGAAGAAGGUCAAGGAGCAUCGCCGCAAGUCCAACCGAGACGAACGAAGAAACACUCAAUGGAAGAGCAAGGCUCGCAAGGAUCUCGGCAUUCCCAACUCGUUCCCCUACAAGGAGCAGCUACUCAACGAGAUCGAGACCAAGCGUAGACUCGCCGAAGAAGAAAGGCUCGCAAAACGAGCCGACAAGCUCGCCGAACGCAAUGCUGCACAAGACGCCGACGAGGCGAGCGGCUCUGAUGCCGAAGCCGCGGAGGAGGACGACGAGGACGCCGAAGAUGCUGAGAUGCUCGAGGAUAUUCCAAUGGCAGCACCUCUCUUCCGUGGGUCGCUUGCAGAGCUGCUCGACUCGACCGAGAUCAAGACCGUCGUUCUUGCCCUCGAUGCCCGUGACCCCCAGAGCUUCCGAAGCCCGUGGCUCGAGGUUGAGAUCAGCGGUCGCAAGGACAAGAAGCUCGCCUUUGCGCUCAGCCGCGCCGACAUGGUCCCGCUCGAGACUGUUGCCGCAUGGACAGCCUACCUUUCCACCUCGACCGGCAUCCCAGUCUUCCCCAUCUCCUCUCCUUCGGAUCAGCUUGCCGAAAACACCGGUGCCGAAGCGCUCGUAGAACAGCUCGAUCUCAAGGGCGUCAAGAAGGGUGACGUUGCCGUCGUUGGCUUGACACAUUCAGGCCGAAGUACCGUCGCCGAUGCUAUCAUCAACGCCAUUGGCGUCCCCGAAGAUGAAGACGUCGAGGAUGAAGACAACGAGACGAGCGACUGGCCCGCCGUGCUCGACACCCCGGCUCUUGCCCCGCUCAAGAGCUCCGAGGCGGCCGAAGAGUCCGACGAGGAAGAGGAGGAAGACGACGAAGAAGACGAAGAGGAGGACGACGAGCACAAUUUCAUGGCACGUAUGGAGCUCAAGUCGAUGCAGACGCUCAUGCGCAACCAGGGACACGUGCAAAGGAUCAAGGAGCCACUGCCACUGGCUUGGGCAUUGAUGUCGCGAGUGUCGCAUCCCGAGGAUCUCAUGCUCGUCUACAACGUCCCCGCUUUCGGCUCCUUCCAGCCCGACAAGGCGUCUCUUGCCGACGAGGACCUGGACGAAGAGGUCAUCAAGGCAGUCGCGAGGCGACAAAAGGUGCACGCCGACACACAAGAGUUCCUCAUCGCUCUGGCUCGUGCCACUGGCCGCAUGAAGAAGCGCAACAUCCCAGACGAGAUUGGUGCUUCGCGCGUGCUGCUACGCGACUGGUCGCACCAGAUGCUUGGCUACUACACUCAGGCCCCCAAGCUGACAGCAGAGGCGCAAACCACGGCGGACCAAGUCAAGCAGCAUCUCUCCAAGAGCGUACCCCUCGUUCUGGCCAGGAAGGAAUGGCGCAAGAAGUUCCAGUCGCGCGAGCUGCGACUCAGGCCCAUCUCCCUGGUGCUCGGCCGCGAAGCUCUGGUGCUGGACCAAGUCGAGAUGCUCCCACCUCCACCUGAGCAGGACAGCGAGGAGGACGAGGACGAGAUCGAAGAGUCGUUGAUGGAAGAAGACGCCGAUAGCCUCGAAGAUGAUGAUGACGAAGAAGGGGAAGAGGAGGAGAUUGCAUCCAAGAAGCCCGCACAGCUCAAGUCGAUCCUCAAGAAGAACCGCUCCAAGAAGCGAGACCUCGCUGUCGAUGCGGACGAGUCGUGGCAGGAUGAAGAGGAGGAGGAAGACGACGAAGCAGCUCAGUCGCUCUCCCGCAAGGACCGAAGACUGCAAAAGAAGGCACGAGUGGUGGUCCCUUCCAAGGCCAAGCCAGCCGCUUCUAAACGCAACGGCAACAAGGCUACCAAGCUCGCCGGUGCUGCUGCCAAGGCUGCUUCGGCUGCCACAGGUCCUGCGCCUGGAGAGAAGUACGACUUCGGUGCCUUCUUCUAG